AUGGAGUAUUCAGAAGAGCUCCCAGGAGAUGGCAAGGAUACGAGGGCUUGCAGCAGGAAGCCAUGGUUGACAGUAUCUGCUGAGAACUUUUCCCUUCCAUUGGUAUUUGACAUGGAAGAGAACCAGGAGGAGUGCAUCUUUGUUGGCCACCUAGACAUAGACCUUCACUGAAUUGAGGUGCACAGCUACACCCUCAUUUAGCUGGAAGGUUGGUUCAUAGCCACAUGCCAGACCCAUGUCACCAUAGUUGGACUGCCUGUAGCAAGGCAGUGGCUAUGUGAUAUGAUGUGGAGCAUGGGGAGCUGGGACUCUGACUGGCAGGCUCAAGACCUUCAGAUGCUGCAGUUCGGCUGGACCUAG